AUGGCCUGCAGGAAGAGGUGCUCAGAUACUCAGACCAAGUGGGCAAUUGCCGGCAGUUGCAGUGUGGCUCUGAUGUUCACCAUUGGGAUAGUCCUGAGCUUCACCCUACAGAGGCAGAUGCAGCCAGGCUGUGAGCCAGACACAGCCUGCCGCCCCGACGCAGACAUGCUGGACUAUCUUCUGAGCCUGGGUCAGAUCAGACUCCGGGACGGCCUGCUGGUCAGCUGGUACCAUGCUGCCAACAGCCAGGAGGAGAUGAGGGCUGCCCUAAAAAGUAAUGCCAUGGUCCUGGAGGCAGAUAUUAUAGUAGAAGGGCUCAAUACGGCCAAUGAGACGGGGGUCCCCAUCAUGGCACACCCCCCAGCCAUCUACAGUGACAACACGCUGCAGCAGUGGCUACAGACUGUGCUGGCCUCUUCCCAGAAGGGCAUCAAACUGGACUUCAAGAGCCUCAAGGCUGUAGGCCCCUCUCUGGACCUCCUGCGGUGGCACACAGAGAACGGGAGAGUCCGGAGGCCUGUGUGGAUCAACGCCGACAUCCUGAGGGGCCCCAAUGUGCCCAUCUCAGUCGAGGUCAAUGCCACAAGGUUCCUGGCCCUGGUCCAAGAGAAGUAUCCUGAGGCCACUCUGUCUCCUGGCUGGACCACACUCUACAUGCCUCUGACCCCAAACAGGACGUAUACACGUGCUAUGGUGGAGGAGAUGCAAGGACUGGUGGGAGUGCUGCCACAGAAAGUCACCUUCCCUGUGCGGGCUGUCAUGGUGCGGGCUGCCUGGCCACACUUCAGCUGGCUGCUGGGACAAUCUGAGAGGUACAGUCUGACGCUGUGGCAGGGUGCUUUGGAUCCUGUGUCAGUGGACGAUCUCCUCUACAUCCGGGACAACAGUGCCACCCACCAAAUCUACUAUGACCUCUUUGAGCCUGUUCUGUCCCAGUUCAAGCAGCUUGCUGCGAAUGCCACCCGGAAGCAAAUCUACUACACAGGGGGCAGCUUGAUCCCUCUCCUCCAACUCCCCGGGAGUGACGGUCUGGGUGUGGAGUGGCUGGUUCCUGGCAUCCAGGGCAAUGGAAGAACAGCAACAGUUAUACUCCCAGACAGAGAAGGCAUGAUCCUGCUGAACAUUGGUCUCCAGGAACCUGUAGCUGGGGACCCCGUGCCCGUCGUACAAGUCCCAGGGGGCUCUGUCCUGAUGCUGGAGUCAUGCCUGCUGCAGCUUGCCAUGCGCCCUGGACGCUGGGGCAUCCACUUGCACAUAAUAGAGCCCACAGCCCUCCAGCCAUCCCUGGCCAUGCUGGCCCACCUCUCUACCCUGGGCCACCUGCUUCGUCCUGUGUGGGUCGGGGCCACACUCUCCCAUGGAAGUUUUGAAGUCCCUGGCCGCAUGGCCGGCAGGGAGUUUCUUACAGCCGUGGCUGAGGUCUUCCCCCACGUGACCAUGGCCCCAGGCUGGCCUGAGGAGGUGCUGGGCAGUGGCUAUGGGGAACAGCUGGUCACAGACAUGCUGGAGCUGUUCCAGGGGCUCUGGCAACCUGUGUCCUUCCAGCUGCAGGCAGGGCUGCUGGGCCAGAGCAUGGCUGGAGCUGUGACAAGGCUGCUGGCAGCCUCCCCCCGGGCCACGAUCACAGUGGAGCAUAGCCCUGCCAGGGGCAACUAUGCAGCUGUGCGGGAAGGGCUGCUGGCAGCCAGGGCAGUGGACAAAACCCGGGUCUACUACAGGCUGCCCCAGGAUUUCCGAGGGGACUUGCUGGCAGAUGUUGGCAGAAACUGA